AGUCAUAAUAAUUGUCUCUUCAAACAUGAUGAGACUCAGCCCGGUUGCUUUGGUUAAGCUAAAACACUGCCUUACUGGUGCUGCCGUUUUACUCUUAUUUUGCACCGAAUUAUGGUUCCAUCGAAGCACGACCAGCAGUUUAGGAACGGCACUUACACAUGGGCCUCAUCUUAGAGACUCCGCAUCGAACGAAACGCUUGGUUUCGAAAAGAUUCUCGCACUCUCUUCACGCCGCGGAUGGCGUAUACAAGGCAUCCAAGCUGCAGCCCAGCUUACCGGUCUACAAGUCGACAUCCCGGUUCUACCUCGCAACCCGAAGGAGUUUAUAUCAGCCUUUGAGAACCUAGAAGAGGACUUGGGGUCUCUAAAACCACCCCAUGGCUCUGCUACAACCUGGUUGUCGCACUUGGACAUGCUCAAAUAUGUUGUCUUCUCGCAGUUUCAGACCGCAUUAGUCCUUGAGGAUGAUGUCGACUGGGACCUGGAUAUCCGCCACCAGAUGAUCUAAAUUUCGCAGAACGUGCGCAAUUUCACAAAUACAUCAUCAACAGACAAGAGCCCGUACGGUGGCCACUGGGACGUUUUGUGGAUCUGACAUUGCGGGGAGCAGUCGGACGAGGCAGGGACAAAGUACCUCGAAUAUGCGGAUAGGACUGUUAUCCCCACUAAUCUCUAUGAUGACUGGUCGAAAAGUAUUGGAUCGGGAACAUCACGUCCGGUCACCGUCGAGUUCAAAAGCCAGUGCGGCCCGUAUUCACAUUCGGGUAUGGUGUCACCAAAAGCAGUGCGCAAAAGAUCCUGUUAUAUGCUGGUAGCGGAGGAAACGAAG